AUGCGUGUGUGUACAUUUCAACAUAACCAUAAGCUAUACCGCAGAAAAACAAAAUUUUGUUGUCAUUCAAUAAUACAUCAUACAAUAUAAAAAGUAUCAAGUUUUACGAUACGAUUGUAUCAACAAUUUGAUGAUAUAAUGGGUAAAACUCGCAACGGGAAAGCUGCUGCGAUAUGCACGGCUGUUGCAUUUGUUUUAAUAGUGAUCGCAUUUACCACACCCAAUUGGCUCGAAACAGACGGAAAAUUGGAAAAUCCAAAAUUUGUUAAGAUCGGUUUAUGGCAGGUGUGUUUUAGAGGAUUUGAACAUCCUCAUCACUUGUAUGAUACUAAAUUUUAUGGUUGUUGGUGGGUGUUUGAAGAAGAAUAUUAUAUAAUUCACGAUAUCCUUCUGACAGACUUUUUUGUUGCAACACAAUUUUUUUUCACAUUAUGCCUGACAUUACUAUUAAUAGGAGGUUUCUCAACAAUAUUAUACACAUGCUGCUCUCGUCAUCAUGAUAAAUAUCAGUUGCUCCUAUGGACAACUGGUGCAAACUUGUUAUUAGGAGGAAUAUGUGGUAUUAUAGCUGUAAUAAUAUUCGGUGCAAGAGGUGACAGUAGAGACUGGAUGCCCAACUGGGAACAUAAUGAUAUUAGUUGGUCUUAUGCAUUGGCUGUAGUGGGAAGCUUUACUUUGAUCAUAGCAGGAGUGCUCUUUUUGAUAGAAGGUCGUAGGCACAAAAAGAAGCAAGAAAGAAUAUUAAACGAAGAACAGAAGACUCAUACAACCAUCUAACUGUAGUUUUCAUUCAUGACAAAAAUGAAUCUGAUAAACCAUUUGAAAUAUCGAAGAUCUGCACAUGGUUCAUCUAUGAGCCCAAGCACAGUCUAUGUAGAUUUACUUUGAACAAGCUCUGCAUGAACUUUCAAAGAUUUUAUUAUAUAUUUUUAUAUUUAUACUCAUUAUUUUGAUAGGUAUUAUUUACACUGCAUGUAAACGUCCUUGUUAACUAAUAAAAUGCAAUUAUAACUUUAAUGUAUUUAAAAAGAAAGAAAAACGGUACAGUCCGAAAUCAAAGAAAAUAUUUUAUAUAUUCUUAUAAUAUUUAAAAUGUAAAUUAUUCAUUUAUUGUUUGUUUUAUAGAAUAAUUAAUGCUACAAAUCCGUCCAUAGAAGUAAGACGUUUUAUGCGAAAAGACUAAGUGUCUGUAAAUAAAAAUAGUAUUAGCUGUGUAACUGAAAACAUUGCAUGGCCUUUACAUGAACAAAUAUUGUAUAUUUGUAGUAAUCU